AAUUUUGAUAAGCCGGAAAAAAGAAUUUAUUCAAAAAAUCAAAAUAAUAAUAAUCAAAUCGAAUGGCACAGAAUUAUGUUCUACCACAAUCAACAACACCCACAAUGAAUAAUACAGCCGGUCAACAAAAUCUAACAACAGGACAAACAGUAAUUGGUGGUGGCCGUUUUGAUUUUGAUGAUGGCGGUACUUAUUGUGGUGGUUGGCAUGAUGGUAAAGCACAUGGACAUGGUAUUUGUACCGGACCAAAAGGACAAGGAGAAUAUUCUGGUUCAUGGCAUUAUGGUUUUGAAGUAUCCGGUAUUUAUAAAUGGCCUUCUGGUGCAACAUAUGAAGGACAAUGGCAAAAUGGUAAACGUCAUGGUCUCGGUGUUGAAUAUCGUGGUAAAUGGGUAUAUAAAGGUGAAUGGACGCAAGGAUAUAAAGGACGUUAUGGUAUACGGGCAAGUCUUUUAAGUAAUGCACGUUAUGAAGGAACUUGGGCCAAUGGAUUACAGGAUGGUUAUGGUUCAGAAACAUAUGCAGAUGGCGGCACAUAUCAAGGCCAAUGGUUACGUGGUAUGAGACAUGGAUAUGGUAUACGUACAUCCGCACAAUAUGGCCAUUCCAGUAUAACUAAAAUGGCUAAUCAACAAGGCCCGAAUAAAAGUUCUUCAUUACAGUCAUUGGAUACAGAAGGUGAAGAUCCAAACAUGCAACAUGGUGAACGUAGAGAUGCUUGUCGUGGUGGUUUCAUUCUUGUGGCAAAAGUAUCAGCUGCACAACAACAACAACUUCGAUCAAAACGACGAAAUUCUUUAACGGAAAAAGCUACAUCAAAUACAUCAUUAACCGGUGGUUUUCUUAAAGGUCUUCGACUACGAAAACAACGUUCAACCGGUGAUCUAGAUCUUGCCCGUAAUCAAAAAUCAAUGACACCAUCAUUGAGAAGUUCACGUGAAGAAUCCGAAACACGUUCGACAGGAUCAAAAGAUUUACAGGCAUCACAAGGAGAUAUGGGAUCGAAUGCAAGUUUUCUAUCGCAGGAUGGUGAAAUUUCUGAUCCGACCACUGUGGAAAUUUAUCAUGGUGAAUGGAAAAAUGAUAAACGUUCUGGAUUCGGUGUGUGCGAACGCAGUGAUGGUCUCCGCUAUGAAGGUGAAUGGUAUAAUAAUAAAAAAUAUGGUUAUGGUGUUACAACAUUCCCCGAUGGACAACGUGAAGAAGGCAAAUAUAAGAAUAAUGUACUCAUAACAAAUAUUCGAAAAAAACAUCUUUUCAUGAUGCGUAGUAAUAAAUUACGUGAACGCAUCGAAUCGGCUGUCGCUGAAGCACAUCGUGCCCAACAGAUUGCUCUUCAAAAAUCUGAUAUUGCCGCAUCACGAACCUCAACAGCACGAUCAAAACGUGAACAAGCCGAUUAUGCUGCUAGUUCAGCACAAAAUGAUUCCCAAAUGGCAAUUAUCAUCGCUAAACAAUAUGGUGGUGCUGAUCUAGCAGGGCAAGGUUCGAUUGCGCCGCUUCGUAGACGAUUAUCGGAUUUUUCACAUGUUCGUCGUAUGCGUGAAGGACAGCCACAACAAGGAGCGACAGGACCGAAUAUGUUUGAUCAACAGCAGCAACAACAGCAAUCUGAUAGUGGUCAAUUUUUAAAUCCGAAAGAACCUUUCGGUGGACGAAGAGGAUCAUUUCGCACCCAAUUGCUCAACAAUAAUUCGAAUGUUAAUCAUCCGCAACAUCAACAAGGAUAUGGUUAUCAUCCUUCACAUAAUCAACAACAACAAAGUUUUGGUUAUCCAAACAAUCCAAAUAAUGUACAAGCAAAUCGUUUCCCAUAUCCACAACAUUCAUCGACCGGUAAUAAAGAUCAAAAAGAUGUUUUUCAAUCACAAGCAUUUAGUGAUCGUUUCGAUCAUUAUCAACGUAAUGAUCAAUCACCCGAUACAUCAUUAUCGGCACGUUAUCUAUCCGGUUCACGUACACAACUAACAGCUACACCAUCAAUUACGCCAACAUUUAACAAUUCAACAACGACCGGAUAUUCAACACCAACACCAUCGCCAUCACCAACAUUUUUUCGACCACCAUCACCAUCAUUUCAUCCUCAUCAUCAACAACAACAAAUUCCUAAUCCUAAUCAACAAUCGAAUAUGAUUGCAUCUAAACCGCCAUUAUCAUUCAAUUCAAAUAUACAAUCUAUUCCACCAUUAAAGCCAAGAAAUCGACCCCCAUUUAUUGAUGUAAAUAGUACAAAUAUUAACUAUAGCAUUGAUAAAAGUCAUAAUAAUAAUGAUAAUAAUAAUCCGGAUGUUGGUGUGCGGCAUUUACGUACAGCAUCGUUGUAUAGACCAGGCACACAAUUACAACAACAACAACAGCAAUCAAAUUCAUCCGGUUCAAGUGGUUUUAAACGAAAACCAUCAUUACAGCCAAAUGCAUCAAAACAUUUUAAUAAACCAUUAAUGUCACGUGAAGAGGCAUCAAUAUUAUCACAUCAGCAACGUGAACAACGUCGUAUUGAACAAGAAUAUCGUGAACGUUUAUCACAAAAUCCAUUAUUAUAUCUAUGGUCACCUAGUGUUAUAAAUUGGUUGAACAGGCAAAAAUUGGUUAUUCUUGUAUUCUUAAUCAAUGUAUCGAUAGCUUAUCUAUUCAUACGAAUGAUUGUUUCGUAAAAAAAUGAUGAAUUUUUUUAAAAUUACUUCCUCGUUUUAUGGAGAAUCUAAUUCUAAAAACAAAAACAAAAAAAAAAAUAAUUAAUUUGUAAAUCUAUUCCUUUCCAUUUUAA